AUGGCCAAAGGUGACCAUGGAUUUUCCAUAGGAAUCGACCUUGGUACAACCUACUCCUGCGUUGCAGUGUGGCUGGACCAACAAAAUAGAGUGGAAAUAAUCCACAAUGACCAAGGCAACAGAACAACACCUUCUUUUGUUGCUUUUACAGAUGAUCAGAGGUUGAUUGGUGAUGCUGCUAAGAAUCAGGCUGCUGCAAAUCCAAACAACACUGUCUUUGAUGCUAAGAGGUUGAUUGGUAGGAAAUACAGUGAUCCCAUUAUUCAGAUAGACAAAAUGAUCGGAUUCGAGCAAUGGCGACCGGUCGUGGCGGCUGAACUUCGACGGGUUUCAGCUUUCUUCGAAGCACACGGAGAAGCAAGUGAAACCCCCUCGCGGACUCCAUGA